AUGUCAGCUAAAGAACUUCUCGAUGUGUAUAAGCGCAUAAGAGAUAGAAUUACCGGUGGUGUAGAGAGCUUUGAUUCUAUCAAUAAGCUUAUUGUCAAGCGUGCUGAAGCAGAAGAAAAGAUCUCGCAUAUCUUAAAAGAGUUAAUCCCAGAAAAGACAACUCCAAACGACUAUAUCAUGGAAAAUAUUAUCGAAGAUCUUAAAAUUGAAUCCGCUCAGCAUCUUAGAAUGUCAAAUGAACUUAAAGUUUUAAUCAUCCAAUCCAAGAGCGGAAAAAUCUUCGCAAAAACACAAUCCGAAAACCAGAAAUCCAUUGAAAAGAUCCUCCACAAGCAAUACAAGGAAUUGAAGGGUCUCAUUAAGGAUUAUGACAAUGCUGUUGCUGAUGUUCAGAAAGAGCAAGAUGCCCUCAAGACAGUCAAAACAGAGAAGCGCGAUGCUCAGCAAAAGAAGAUUGCCAAGGCAACAGAUGAAGCAGCCAAGAGGAAGAAAAUCCUUGAAGAGUUCGCCAACAAAUCUAAGGCAGAUCAAUUCCCACAAAUCUGCAACAUGUUCAGAGACUUCGAUAAAUCUCGUCUGAAGAACCUUCAAGAAAAUAUCCAAGUUUUCGCUCAAAUGGCCAUUCGUCUUCAUGAUUCUGAUCGCGAAGGUGCUAACAGACUUUACAAGAAGAUCCUUACAUUCGAUGCCGAAGACAGAUCAGACAGAUUUGUCCAGACAACAAUCGAUCCUCGUGCUCCUCCUUCAAGUACCGAAUCCAACGACAUCUACGGCAUUGCCCUUUCCGAUUACAGAUCAGACGAAGUCCAGGACCUUCAGUUCAGCAGAGGCGACAGAAUCAAGAUUCUCAACCAGCACAACAGUGGCUGGUGGGAAGGCGAAGUCGAAAGCAGAAGAGGCACAUUCCCAUCAACAUUUGUCGAAAUCGUAGGAAAGAAAGAGAUCAAGCAACUGGUUAUCGGAUCUGUUUUACUUUGCGUCAAGGACUACAAGGCUACUCGCGCUGGAGAAAUCAAUGUUCUUACAGGGGAUCUUAUCUUCGUCGAUUACCUUAAUGGAGACAGAUGCCAAGGAAAGAACCUCCGUACAAACGAUUCUGGAGCAUUCCCACUCUCAACACUUGAACACAGAAUGUUCACUGAUAACGUUCAACCCCAUCCAGCAGCCGCUAACCCACCAGCUCAAUAA